GCCACUCAUCACUCCUUUCCUUCUUCUUUUCAGCAUCGCCAUAUUCCGAUCACCCUUCGGAACUCACUCCUGCCCAUUCGGCCAAAGGAGCCCAUUUGCAGCUUCGCGUUCGACUCGUGCAAGCAGCAUCACUUCAAUCAUGGCUCCGCGAGGAUUUACUCUUCCUCCAGCAAACACUCAGUCCGCAAAACAAGCACGUAGUGCCUUCUUCUGUUCAUUGUGUCAAAAAGGUUACAGUCGCAUGAACGAGUUCGAAGUACAUGAAUCAUCCUACGACCACCAACACAAGAAAAGAUUGAAGGAGAUGAAAGAAAUGCAAAGACAAGUACAACCGAAAAAGGAGGAGAAAGGACCGUUGAUGCAGAUAAAACUCGGCGGUGCGACUAAAAGCUCAGCCACGGGAAGCGGAGGCUUCAAGAAAGGCGGGUUCAAGAACGCUUUUGCUUCUGCGGAGGAUGAUACCCCGGUGAAGACAGAAAAGAAAGAUGAUGAGAUGGAGGUUGUUGAGAAGCAUACGCCGGAGGACGAUGAUAGCGAUCUGACGGAUGUCGAAGAUUAUUAUGAUCCACGAAAACCGACGGGUUGCAUGCCAGGCUGCCAGGGUCACAUUGCAGCGGGCUCUUGAUGCCAUCCAGUUGACACCAUCAACAUUUACUUCAGACAUCAUCAGCUUGACUGCCAAAUAGGCACAUCAAAGUCGAGCCGCACCUCUUGAGCAGAGACUGCCCUAGGCAGCGGCCGGUCCAGUGGUCGACGACGAAAGGUUCUCCUCGGCACGGAGGAAACUGCACUCUCGGGCUAAGUUGUUCUUAUACGGCUCUUCGGUGGCUUGAAGGAGGCUGCAAACACUGGACCGGGCCAGGACCGAUGUCAAGGGACCAAGGAAAAUCCGGGACCUUGCGUGGCUGUUGGUCUUCGGUCACUGCGGGUGAAGAAUGCUGGCAUCACUACAUGCAAAGAGCGAUUUACACAAAGCUAUGUCAGCUAUAUCAUCACCGUGGGGGUUGCAAUGGUGUUUAUGGCUUGAAGAAUUCCUGUCAGCCAGAGAGUGGAGGCGAGAAGCCGUGUCGCACAGAUACCGUAGGUAUUUCGACUUACAACUUGAGUUGCUAGAAGCAAUGAAGCAAUUGCAAUAUUCAGAC